AUCUUGACGUUUUGGCUGACUAUCAGUGACAAGCCGCUAAUGUUGAUGUGACGUGAAGAACGCCAACAGACAACAAAACAAGUAUAGAUCCAUUAGUUAUAGUAAAAAUUUCAACAUAAGAAAUCAGUGACGAACGCAAAUUGAGAAUACUGUCACAAGAUGAAUAAAAACCUUCUUAGUGUACUGCUGAUUGCCGCACUAUGCCUGUGCUUGGAGGCGAAGAAGUUCAAGGAAGAUAAAAAACCAGCUUGGGCAAAAAAAGACAUCCGUGAUUACACCGAAGCCGAUUUGGAACGUCUGCUGGAUCAAUGGGAGGAAGACGAGGAGCCACUGGAACCUGACGAACUGCCGGAGCACCUUCGUCCAGCGGCUCCGAUCGAUAUGUCCCAGCUAGACAUGUCCAAUCCGGAGAAUAUCCUGAAGGCAUCUAAGAAGGGCAGGACUUUAAUGAGCUUCGUCAUGGUCAAUGGGAACCCCACCCGUGAGGAGACCGAGGAAAUCACCAAGCUGUGGCAGACCAGUUUGUGGAACAAUCAUAUUCAAGCGGAACGCUAUUUGAUUGAUGAUAAUCGAGCGAUAUUCAUGUUCAAAGAGGGCUCACAGGCAUGGGAAGCGAAAGACUUCUUGAUCGAACAAGAGCGCUGUUUGCAGGUUACGAUCGAGAACAAGGAUUACAAGGGCAAGCACAAUCAGGACACGGACGACGGGAUGAAGGAUGAGCUGUAGACAGCGAACGGCAUCUACAAUAUGUAAGCGGUGGCAUUUUUUUGAGUACACGUAAUGAUGUAUAAUAUUCUUCAAGUACCGGAAUACUUGGUAGUAUGAAUUGACUGAUGUGAGAGAUAUUUUUUUGGCUGAUAUUGUGUGAAUAUGAAUAAAGAUUACGGAUGAAUUGAAGUCAA